UUUUUUUUUAAAUCAUGAAUAUUGCCCCACGUAACGGAGUAAUGUCAGUGGUAAUGGCAAUGCUGUUUUUAUUCCUGACAGUCUAAACUCGGGGCUUUCCAAUCUAGUUUAACUUCCGCGUGUCACACCGCUAUCAGUCCCCCCGAACGACAACAACACCGUCGAAGGAAUAAGCAGAAAAGACCGCUGCCGGGGUGGAGCACCCCUGCCAACACAACAAGUCAAACAUAGCUGGUGUCCACAUUUCCAAUCGAGGGUCACUGGGCGGCACCAGACAUGAACUGUCGCCCCCGAGGAGCCGAUUCCCUCCGCGCUCACCCCGCCGAGUGAGCCCCCGACUUGUUGGCCUCUAUGACGGGGCUGUCUCACUUGGUGCUCCGCUUCUCGGGCACCGCGGGGCGCACCUACGGAGUGUUUUCCAAAAGCCUGACCAGGACUUUGUUGAUCUUCUUCGAUCUGGCAUGGCGAUUGCGAAUCAGGUUUCCGUACAUCUACCUUGUCGCCUCAAUGAUGUUUAAUGUCAGGCUUCAGGUCCAUAUUGAGAUCCACUGACGUCAGCAUCCAUGACUCCAAACGCGGAACCCCCCGACGAUGCCGCCGCCUGUCAAUGUCCCCCCUUACGCCGUCACGUGGCGAGUGCAGUGCCUUUCGCGGGAGGACGCUCACAGCGGCGCACCCGCAGAUGACUCACGAGCAGGGACGAAGAGUCCCACUUGAGAGUAAGGAGCCACUCCCUUUUUUUGUCCUAACCCCCCACCCCACCCCACCCCGCCUGGCAUUACACUGCCUUUUGCUGUCUGGAUGGAAGUAUUCACUCUCAACAUUCAUAGUUUGGGAUUAUGAGCUUUUGGGUGACUUUUCUGAAUGAACCUGUAAUGUACUGUACUGUCAUAUAUUAAUAUAUGUAUUUGAAAAACAAUCUUCAAUGAAAUAAUGAUUUAAUUAAAAAAGGUAUAUAAUGGAAUAUAACAACAACAACAAAAAUAAGAACCAAAGUAAAAUACAACUGGUUUGAUUGUUUUUCAAGACACUUGCAAUUUUGUUCUGUGAUUAAUUAUACCCUCAUAAUACAAAAUCAAAGAAAAGACUUUUCUGUCACCCGGAAGAAAAUAUAUGAGUUUACCUUUUUCAUUUUUUUAGUCAUCAGUGGUAAAACAUAAGCAUGUUUUUCAAAAUUUUGCUGUUUCUCCCAGAAACCUCUCAUAUCUAAAAUGUUCCACUGCUGCCAUUUGUUGGCUGAGAUGUAGCUAUAAAAUUGUUUAAAAUUGAAAUUCACAGUGAAGCAGCAUCAAGGACAAUGAAUGUUCAAGAUGUGGUUAAAAGUAUUUUUAAAAUUGUGUUUUUUGAGCACUCAAACAGAAACGCCAUUGCAUUUUAGAAUUGUCCUGAAAUUUUGUCCAACCUUUUGCUCUAAAAAUUUCUCUGACGUGCAACGACACUGGCUACCUCACCACAAUUUCCCUUUGUGGAAACUUUAAGGAAAUUCGGCAUGAUCGUCACGCUUUUUUAUUUCUGCUCAUUUUUGGUGAUUGCAUAAAAACGUUAGCAUUUGAUGCUUGUUUUUGCGCAACUUUGCUGUGCUUUUACCUGGAGAUGAAGAUGAUUGAAUUCGUGAAAGAAAUAAAUUAAUCAAAUUACCAUACCACUCUUUCCAGUGACUCAGCAAUACACAACUGUGACUCAAAAUGACAAUGUGAUGGACUUCCAGUUCAUUCUGGACGUCAGUUGUUGUCAACGGCACUCAAUGAGUCAAUACGUGUACAUUUUUGUUUGAGCAUGCUAGUUAAAAAACUUAGUUAAAGUAGUUAAAGUUAAAGUAUCUUUUUGCAAUGCUAUUCAAGAUACUUAAAAAUGAAAUGAACUAAUUGUCCAACAUUUAUAUUUUGUAAUACACCAUUAUUUAUUAAUUUUUUAAAGUUAUUAUAUAAUUUUGAUUUAAUUCUGUAUAUUUACUUUUUAUAAAUUAGAUAUUUAAAAACAUUUUUAAUUAAAUAAGUGAAUAUAAAAUGUAAAAUUAAAUUAACCAACACAAAAUGUUUAUAAAAAAUAUAUUCGGCAUAUAAAUGACAAAUAAUAUUUUGUUCAUAAUUUAAUAAUGCAAGAAACAAGAAGAACCACAGCUACUUUAGUGGUGCCUUGACAGGCCUUUAGCCUGGAUUAAUAAUCGAAUAUGAAUGUACUAAAUAUGCAGUACAUUUAUGGAGGUAGAUUUGUGUCUUUAUUAUUCAAAAGUUGCUUCAAUCAAAUAAAAAGUUGCUUCAA